AUGUUUUCGACCCCUUCUAAGGAAUCCUCCUUCGGUGCCCGCAAAAAUGUCGCUAACCGGAGAGACGACGAUUCCACUCCGGUGGCCGGCAACCGGAGACCACUGCUCGACAGCCCAACCGUCCCAAACCGCCCCGCCACUGGGACCCCCGCCCCUUGGGCCUCUCGCCUUUCCGUCUUCGCUAGGUCGUACCUCUAUUACGCAGAGUCGCCUUUCAUACUUCAGAGCCACUUUCCUAAAGUUCUUCUACUCUAUUCUUCUGGAACAGAACGGCUUAAAGUUUCUGUCGUACUUGAUUUUUACUCGAAUCUUGUAGUACUCUCAAAGAUACUACUCGAAUCAUAUUCUAAUGCUAUCACAGCAAAAGUCGAUCGGAAAGAAGAUCAUCGAAGUCUGUUAGAGGAGUACUCAAAAUGUAGAGAUACCCUUCUCGACUCCCUUUAUAAGCAAGUGAAAGAUUUCAUACAUGCAAAGUUACAGGAUUCACCUGAGGAAAAUGAGGAAUUGAAUAAGGAUACUCUGAUGACAUUUUCUUCAAAGUUAUUGUCAAUUGCAAAACGUCAUGAGGGCUAUCAGGCUAUGUGGAACAUAUGCCGUGAUCUCAACGAUUUCGAACUCCUCCAUGAGUCUCAUGUGCAUGAAAACAUCAGACCAAAAGGAGGUUUCAGUUGCUUUGUAUUCAAACAAUUCUAUGAUAGCAUACAAUUUUCAGAACUAAUGCUGCAGGGUGAAAAGUUUCUUGACGAGCUUGCUACAAUUCUGAGGCAGCAUCCCGAUCUUCUUUGGCUUCACGAGUUGUUUCUUCGUCAAUUUUCCUCAGCUUCUGAAACUUUACAUGCAUUAUCUAAUUUAUCUCUUCCUAAGGCUAAUAGAUCAGUUUCAGAUACUGAUGAGACUGAACCUAAUGGCCCACAACCUAAAUUAACUUUGGCUUGGAGAAAGCAUUUUUUGAAUCUCGCAAAACUAUCAGCUAUGGCAGGAAGAGAAGUUGGUGACGAGCUAAAGGUGAAGCGUAUUGAAGCUGAUCUGAAUUUUCUACAAGUACAGGGAGAAAUAAUGAGGUUUGUAGAUGAUGGUAUGGCCAAGAAAUUUAUGGUACAGAAGCUUCUUGGUUCGCUGGAUCUCAUCAGAACGUGUCUUAGAAUCAAGAAGCGAGAGCUUUCUUUGCGACCCUUCGAUAUAUUCUUGUGGAUGAAUGCGUCCUUUCUCAGAAGCUACGCAAUUUUUUUGGAGGAGUGCUGGAGAAAUGAUGCAAGUCAAGAUGAUUGGGAGAGACUGUACAGCUUGUCCAUGACUGAGGGCUGGAGUGACGAAAGAACCUUUAAGGCUCUCGAGAAAACUGUACUAUUCCAUGCUUCCAGAAAAUGUUAUGGGCCCCGCUCAAAAAAAUUUAAUAUGAAAUUCGAUGAGGUGCUCCCGUUGAGGAAGGGAAGGAAUAUAGGCGCGUCUGUGGAACAAGUCAUCAUCGAAGAAGUCAUCAUGGAGCACAAGGAUUAUCCACAUGUGGGCAAGCUGAUGCUGACCGCUAUCCUGCUCGCGAGUGUUUGA